AUGACACAAGAGAUUGAGAUCAAUGACGAUGAUCUCGUCAUUAUCCAAAAUCAUGCUUAUAAGUUAUCUAAUCUUCCCGCAGAUUUGAAAUUUAAACUAAUUCAAAAACUUCAAUCCAAAGAUGGUAAAUUAACAUAUACUAAGCCUGAUUUAUCAAGAGUCUUCAAUUUGAACGAUUUUGAAUCAAUUGCCCAAAAGUCAUUAACACCUGAAACUUUUGCGUACUAUAGAACUGGAGCUGAAGAUGAAAUAACAUUAAGGGAAAACCAAAAAGCUUUUAAAAGAAUCUAUUUCAAACCAAGAGUGUUGAGAAGUGUUUCUCAAGUCUCAUUAGAAACAAAUGUCUUGGGUUCAUAUUCAUCUUUACCUUUUUAUAUAACUGCUUUCCAUGGUGCUUCAUUUGAUGGUAACAAUGAAGGUGAAUUACCUCUUGCUAGAGCUGCUGGGAAAAACAAUUUGACCCAAAUGAUUCCAGGAUUAAGUACCAUUCCUCUACAAAAACAAGUUGAUUCACAUAAUAAUGGAAAAGUUGAUCAAUGGUUACAAUUAAACCUUAGAAAAACCGUUGAUGAAAUUUUGGAAAAGAUUAAAGAAGCUGAAGAAACUGGUAAAAUUAAAGCCAUCUUCUUUACUAUUGAUGUUGCAUCUUUAGGUAAAAGAGAACAUGAAUUACGUAUCCGUGAUACAUCACAUUAUGAAAAAAUUCCAGCGAUAUUUGCAUCUGAUUUGAAUUGGAAUGAUUUAAUCAAGAUACGUCAAUCUACAAGCUUGAAAAUCAUAUUAAAAGGGAUCCAAACUGUUGAAGAUGCUAUCAAAUCUGUUGAGCUUGGGUUUGAAGGGUUUGUCAUUUCAAAUCAUGGUGGAAGACAAUUAGAUACAACUAGAUCAAGUAUUGAAGUUUUAUCAACAAUUGUACCAGAAUUGAAAAAAAGAAACUUAUAUCACAAGACUGAAAUUUUGAUUGAUGGUGGUAUAAGAAGAGGAUCAGAUAUCGUUAAAGCUUUAGCAUUGGGUGCAACAAGUGUUGGUUUAGGAAGAUCUUUUCUUUAUGCUUUACAAACUUAUGGUGAAGAAGGUACUUCAAAAGUCAUUGAUAUCUUGAGAGAAGAACUUACUAUAACUUUGAAAUUAUUGGGUGUUGUCAAACUGGAAGACCUUUUAAUGAAACUUUUGUAG